AUGAAGCUCUCAAAUGCCGUGGCCUUCAGCCUCGUCUCCCUGCCAGGGGCCAUGGCUUGGGGAGGUCUGGGCCACAUCACGACUGCCUACAUUGCAAGCCAGUUUGUCAGCAACUCCACAGAGGCCUACCUCAAGCACCUCCUGCGAAACAAUGAGCCCGACUACAUGGCCAAGGUAGCCAGCUGGGCUGACUCGAUCCGAUACACAAAAUGGGGUAGAUUCACGAGCACGUUCCAUUUCAUCGAUGCCCACGAUAGCCCGCCCGAGUCGUGCAACGUCGACUUUGAGCGCGACUGCAAGGGGACCGGCUGUGUCAUCACUGCUCUAGCCAACUACACCGAGCAGUCCCUCGACCCGUCGCUGCCGCCAUGGCAACGUGCCCAGGCUGCCAAGUUUGUCAUUCACUUUGUCGGCGACUUGCACCAGCCGUUACAUAACGAAGACGUUGCGAGGGGCGGAAAUGGUAUCCACGUCAAGUGGAAUGGACGAGACUUUAACCUGCAUCACGUUUGGGAUAGCUCCAUUGCCGAGAAGUGGCUUGGUCGCGGAAAGCCGUACCCAUUGGCGGAAAAGUGGUCCAGGGACCUCACUGACAAGAUCAACAGCGGCAUCUAUUCAAAGGAGAAAGAUGCUUGGCUGGCAGACUUGGACUUUAGCGAUCCCAUCGAGACGGCAAUGGCUUGGUCGCGGGAAUGCAACAAGCUUGUAUGCGAAUAUGUCUUCCCCGAGGGUCCCAAGGCCAUUGUUGGCCAGGAGCUGAGCGGCGAGUACUAUGAAAAGGCAGCGCCCAUGCUCGAGAAACAAGUCGCGCGCGCAGGAUACCGAAUGGCGGCAUGGCUAGAUCUGAUUGUCGACGAGUUCCAAAAGAAGGACGCCAGCUAUACUGGCAAGCGACCCGCAGAGGAUUAUGAAGAGCCUGUUGAUGAGCUUGCAGAAGAGAUGGAGGACUAUAUUGGAGAGUUGUAA